AUGGUCGUCCUCGCUGCGUCGAUAGUGACCAGGGGUGGCAAAGCCGUCUUGUCUCGCCAGUUUCGCGAAAUCAACAGAGCCAGAGUUGAAGGUCUGUUAGCGUCGUUUCCCAAACUUGCCGAUGCUGGGACACAGCACACUACCGUUGAGCAAGACAAUGUGCGCUUCGUUUACCAGCCCCUCGACGAACUGUACAUGGUCCUGAUCACCAACCGACAAUCAAAUAUUCUUCAAGAUAUUGACAGCCUGCACCUCUUCGCUCAAGUUGUUCAGAGCAUCUGCAAGAAAUUGGAUGAACGAGAAAUCACUCGCAAUGCGUUUGAGCUCCUGUCUGCCUUCGACGAACUGGUCACGAUGGGCUAUCGGGAGAACCUCACAAUGAGCCAAAUCAAGACUUUCCUUGAAAUGGAGUCUCACGAGGAAAGAAUACAGGAGAUUAUUGCUCGCAAUAAGGAAUUGGAAGCCUCAGAGGAGCGCAAAAGGAAGGCCAAGCAACUUGAGAUGCAGCGCAAGGAAGCUGCUCGCUCAGCAGCAUAUGGCCGUGGCGUUGCGCCAAAAAUGCCCCAGUAUCCGACAUACACCCCUCCCUCCCAGCCCUCGACCACAAGCACAUACGAUGCAUAUGAAGCUGAGAAGAACAAGACCUUCAACAAGCCUAUCGCCUCACGUGGCAAGGGUAUGCAGCUGGGAAAGAAGUCGAAGACGACUGAUAUCUAUGACAGGGUCAAGGCUGACCUAGGCACACCUGAAGUGGAAGAACAGCCCUUGAUUCAGCCUUCUGCGCCCUCAGUGCCCGCCUCUCGCCCCUCGCUCGACGCGGCGAACCCAAUCAACGUGCUAAUUUCCGAGCAGCUAUCCGCACGUCUCUCUCGUGAUGGAGCUCUUAAGUCCUUUGAAGUGAAGGGCGAUUUGCAAUUGAAGAUCUCCGACCCGGCUCUCACGAAAAUCUCUCUUUCCCUGCUAGCCAAUGACGGUCCACUUAAAGCGCAAUUCCGCACGCAUCCCAACGUCGACAAGAAUCUGUUUACCAGUAACAAAACCAUUCAACUCAAAGAUACCAGCAAGCGCUUUCCAGCCAAUAACAGCAUCGGUGUCCUUCGCUGGCGCGCCACAGCGCCUGCGGACAGUCAGGAUGUAUUGCCUAUUACGUUCACGGUUUGGGUCAACCGCAGCGAUGACAGCUACACCAUCACGAUCGAGUACGAACUUACAUCUCCAACUUCUACGCCAUUGAGGGACGUUGUGGUCACAAUUCCCUACUCGACUGCGGAGCCUGCUGUGAGCAGCUUCGACAGCAUGUAUGAGGUCACCGGGGACAGCCUAGAGUGGACUAUUGGAGCCAUUGACGAGAGCAACGCCAGCGGCAGUUUUGAAUUUGAAGCGCAAGUCGGCGAUGGCGGAGACGAGAGCGAGUUCUUCCCUAUGAGCGUCAAGUUUGAAAUGGUGAAACCCUACAUCGAGGUUGAUGUCAAUGCGGCCACAUUAGUGGAGGAAGGUGAGGAAAUGGAUUUCGAAAAGGCUAUGCGGUGUACGGUUGAGAGCUUCGAGAUUGAGUGA